GACUGAAUGGCUGUGUGCUGGCGGUCUGAAAUAUUCAGUGUUUAGCUAGUUAGAAGAACACAUGUUCUCCGUUUGCGUGCUCACCAGAUAAAUCCACAUCUGUUAUGCUAAUGCUAGCUUAAGCCAUCACUCCAGCUAUGUCUUCCCACAGCAGCGCUGCAGGAGGGAUCCAAGGGCUGCUUCUGAAACUUCACGAAUCACUUUCGGACGAAGACACUAGAGCGGCAGCUUUGAAAUCUCACGAUAUUAUCGGUGAUCUGGUACAGGAGUGCAUGGUAACAGCAACCGAGAAUGAACUCGCACUGCAGACAUCUUUAUUGUUCUCAGAAGACUAUGGGUUGCUUAUCUUCCUCAAGAAGUCCCUGGCUUUGGAUGAGCUGCGGGACACUCGGAUUGAAAUCCUGGUUUUUUUGGAGAAGUUCUUGGACAAAGUCUCACCAACACUCAAAGGUUGGGAAAAGACUUACGCCACUGACAUAAGAGACACAUGCAUCGUCGUGUACACAAAGGACAAAGGAGCCAAAACCAGGACCCCAGUGCUGGAGCUCCUUAUUAAGGUUCUCCAAAUUACAAAGGCUUCCAGUGUUGCUGCAAACUUUAGAAUCUCAAAAAUAUUUGACAAAUAUUACAGCGAGCUGUGUGGGAAGAGCAAACUGCCGGAUUCAGUCCUUGGAAAAAUCUAUGAGUUGCUGGGAGUUCUUGCAGAAGUUCAUCCCAGUGAGAUGGUCAACAGCUCAGACAAACUCUACAGGGCUUACCUAGGAGAACUGAAAGAUCAGAUGACCUCUUCAACAAAGGAACCCAAGCUUUUAGUAGUUGCUGGAUGUCUGAGAGGAAUCACUGCCCUAAUGGUCAACUUCACUAAAACCAUGGAAGAAGACCCAGCAACAUCCAAGGAAAUCUUUCAGUACACCUUAAAGUCAAUCAGUCCCCAGAUGGACAUGACUCGCUAUGCAGUCACGUUUGCCGGCCUCAGGUUGCUCGCCAGACAUGCCUCCCAGUUCAGCAGCUGCCUCAUGGACCACUACAAGCCUUUAUUUGAAGUCAUGUCUAAACUCUGUGGACACAUCAAUGGUGAAAUGAAGAAGACGAGUUACUAUGCACUUGAGGCCUUCCUCAAACAGGUUGCAUUGUUGGUGGCUGACAAUAUCGAGGAGCAUAAAACCAAGCUGAAGUUCUUCAUGCAGAAGUUCUGCAGCAUCAUUAAGACCAUGGACUCGACACACAAAGAGCUGUCGAUUGCCAUACGAGGAUAUGGAUUCUUUGCAGCUCCAUGCAAGAAGGUUUGCCCCCAGGAUGUGGACUUGAUGUACACCGAACUGAUUCAGCGCUGUAAGCAGAUGUACCUGACAGAGUCCGAUGGGGAGGAUGACAGCUUCUACCAGCUGCCCAGCUUUCUGGACUCUAUAGCCAGUGUUCUUAUUCACCUGGAGAAGAUUCCAGAGGUAUAUACACCACUGCUGGAGCGCCUCCUUGUGGUGCAGAUUGACAGCUUCCCUCAGUACAGCGAGAGAAUGCAGAUUACUUGCACCAGGUCCAUCCUUAAGGUGCUCGUGGCCAUCGCUUCUAAAGGACCCGUUCUAUGGAGUUUCAUUAGCUCUGUGGUUCACCAAGGUUUGAUCCGCGUCUGCUCAAAACCCCUCACGCUUUCUGAGGACACAUCGAGCAGUUCCUCUGAGUCUUCCCAAGUUCGCACUGGGAAGUGGAAAGUUCCAGCUAGUCACGACUACCUUUCUUUGUAUAAAAACCUUAUAGACUGCGAUCGGUUGAAGGAUUCAGGUUUUUUGGAUGGAGCGUUUGAAAGUCAGAAUGCAGCUCUCGGGUCUUUGAGCCGUCUCCUGUAUGACGAGUUGGUGAAGUCGAUUCUGCGUAUCGUGGAAAAACUGGACUUGUCAGUGCAAAAAGUAACAACGGGGGAGGAGGCUCCAGAUGAUGCAGCCCACAUCCUGCCCUCGUCCGACCCCACUGCUCACUUGCUCCCCAAUAAGGUCAAAGACUUCACCGCCUUUAUCAAUCUGGUGGACUUUUGCAGUGAGUUGUUGCUGAAUAAACACAUGGAGUAUUUUCACUCUUGGAUGUAUCCCCUAAGUCAUGAGCUCAUCCUCCACUCCAUAAGAAAUCCUCUUGUCAGUGGCUUUUACAAGCUGCUUUCUGUCACCAUGAAAAUUGCCAAGAGAAUAAAGUACUACCAGGGAGUUGGACUGAGAAACUCGACAUCCCCCCAGAGUGACUCGGUGAAAACUGCUUGUUUUGCGCUCUUCUCCAAGUUUGGAAAAGAGGUGUGUGUCAGAAUGAAACAGUACAAAGAUGAGCUCCUGGCAUCCUGCUUGACUUUUGUCCUCUCAUUGCACCACAACAUUGUAGCUCUGGACAUCAAGGCCUAUUGUCCUGCUCUUGAGACUGCUCUGAAAUUAGGCCUGAGCCACAUUCCUUUGGCCAACGCAGCCUUAGAUGCUCUUGAGGACUGGUCCUCACACAUUCCUCUGAAGACGAUGCAGCCCUGCUACACCAGCGUCCUUCCUCUUCUGGACGGAUACCUGAAAACCUCCUCCACUGACAACAAAGAUGAGAGCAACUGGGAGGUGAUAUCGUCUUUGCCUUCCAAAAGUGACAGAGGAUACAGCAGGGUGAUGAGCAGGCUUCUGAAGAAAUCCGACCAGCUUUCUAUGGAAGAUGCUCCUCUUGUCAAGGUGAGGCUGAGGGUGGUGAAGCUACUUGGUCACCUGGGAGGAAAGUUAAAUAGAAACCUUGUAACUGUGGUCUCCUCAGAAGAAAUGAUGAAGAAAUUUGUGUCUUGGGAUACUGAGAAAAGACUCAGCUUUGCAGUGCCAUUCAAGGACAUGAAGCCGGUCAUCUACCUCGACCCAUUUUUGCCUCGGAUCAGUGAGCUGGCUCUUUCCACAAGUGACAGACAAACUAAAGUAGCAGCUUGUGAGCUGCUCCACAGCAUGGUGGUCUACAUGGUUGGGAAGAGUGCCCAGAUGGCUGAAGGAGAGAAUACAUUGCCACCUAUGUACAAGCUACACAAAAGACUGUUUCCUGUCCUACUACGUCUGGCUUGCGAUGUUGAUCAGGUAACCAGACAGCUGUUUGAACCACUGGUUAUGCAGCUCAUUCACUGGUUCACAAAUAACAAGAAGUUUGAGAGCCAGGACACAGUUGCUGUUCUUGAGGCCAUCCUGGACGGCGUGGUCGACCCAAUGGACAGCACUCUCAGAGACUUCUGUGGCCGCUGCAUUGAAGAGUUUGUCAAAUGGUCUAUCAAGCAAACCACCCCCAAGCAGCAGGAGAAGAGUCCCACCAACAUGAAGUCUUUGUUUAAGCGCAUCUACAGCUUGGCUCUCCACCCCAAUGGCUUCAAAAGACUUGGUGCUGCCUUAGCAUUCAAUAGCAUCUACAGACAAUUCAGGGAGGAAAAUUCAUUGGUGGAACAGUUUGUCUUCGAGGUUCUCGUCAUAUUUAUCGAAAGCCUGGCCCUUGCACACUCAGAUGAACGAUCUAUGGGUACAUUACAGCAGUGUGGCAGUGCCAUUGACCAUUUAAAAAGAAUAAUCAAACACAAGGCUCCCAGUCUCAAUCAGCACAAUGCAAAGAGACGCAUCCCAAGAGGCUUUCCACCCGAUGAGAAGCUGUUCCUCUCAGAUGUGGUUUCAUGGCUCUUGGAGCAAUGUGGCCGCCCUCAGACUGAGUGUCGCCAUAAAUGCAUGGAGCUUCUGUAUGAGUUUAUCCCCCUCCUCCCAGGGAAGAAAUCUCCACCUCAGUGGGUGGAUGGCAUGCUGAAGGAUCAUGGCACAGACUUUCUGAUAUCACAGUUUGAGGGUGGAGGUCUCCUCUCCCAGCCAACGCUCAGGGACCUGACGAACCCUUUCAGUGUCAGAGCCACGCUGCAGUGGCUGGACCUCCUGCUGGCUGUUCUGGACUGCUACAACACUUUCAUCGGCCUACACAUUAUCAAGCCUCAGUACAUUCUUAGCUCAAAAGACAAAUCGAGGUUUCUGAAAGCUCUGCAUUUCUUUCUGACGGAGCUGGCAACUCAUGAACUGGUAGCAGCAGAGAGCUGUUUCCCACUUGGUGAGAAGACCUCGCACUUCAGCCCAAGAGAGGUGGAGCAGUACAACUACAGCAAGUGCACCAUCAUUGUCCGCCUGCUGGAGUUCACCACAAUGAUUCUUGCCAAAGGAGACAAGGAGCUUUGGAAGUCUCUGGAACAAGAGUUUUUAUGCGCAUUUUUCUUCGAGCUGACUGCGAUGGUGGUUUGCGAGCCGUCUGCUGUAGGCUUCAACAUGGCAGAUGUGGAAGUAAUGAAGAACCUACCAGAAGUGUGUGUUCCUCUACUGAAAGCACUGCUGGCCUCACCUUACUGCAGUCGUCUUGAAAGCAGCUUGAGGACAAAAAUCUCACGUAAAAGUGUAGAGGACUUGUGCAACGUAGACCUGUACCAUUCCAGCACUCUCAGCCACCAUGACCAGAUGGAAAUGGUUCUGUCUUCCUGUAAGCAGAUUCACAAAGCCGGCUUCCUCAGCUCCAUCCUGCACAGCCAGGAUUCAUCUUAUGCCAAAAAACUUGGAUCCCAGCUUCUAAUGACGGUGUAUAAAGGCAUAGCACCAGGAGAAGACAGGAAGGCACUUCCAUCCUUAGACGUAAACACCAGGAGGGUUGCAGAUGGUCUGCUUCAGCUUGCAUUUUCUCUCAGUCAGCAGAGCGAGCAGUUGGUAGAUUUGCUCUUGAACACCAUCAUGCUUUCUGUGCCCGUGUCUGGAAGUCACAGCCACAACUUCCUGAGCUUCUCACAUGGCGAGUACUUCUACAGUCUUUUCCAGGCGACCAUCAACACUGAGCUGCUGAGAAGUCUGAACACAACAGUGCCACGCCUGAUGAAAGCUUCUUCCCAAAACCCCCACAUGGUGAGCGUGUUGCUGAAUUGCAUGCUGGACCACAGCUUUAAAGAACGAUCGGUGAGGAAGAUUCAGGGGAAGCAGCUGGUUGAAGAGGUACUAAAACGAUGGAUGAGCCUGCAGUCAUGGUGGGAGGGAGAUUCUUCCACCCCAGAGAGCAAAACUGCCAUUCUCCUGCUGCUCUCCAAGCUUCUGCAGAUUGACUCCUCUGUCUGCUCCGAUAUAAAACAUGAAGCAUUCAGACAAGUGUUUUCCACUUUCACUAUGCUGCUGGUUGACAUGAAUCUGCCACUGAAUCUCAAGAGCCAGGCCCUGCUGGUGUUGCCCUUCUUCACAACACUCCCAGAGGAGCCUCUAGCUGAGCUGCAGGUAGCUCUCGACACCCUGGUGGCUUCACACUUCCCCAUGCAGUCUGAUGAGUUUGCUAAGGGCUCCCUUCAUCGCAACAACUACAUGGACUGUGUCCGGAAGUUGCUGGACGCCCUGGAGCUUUCUCAGAGCCCACUCCUGCUCAAACUACUUGCGGGAAUUUUGUGUCGAGACACAAAACACAUCAUGGAGGACCAGUUCCAAACCUGUUUCCAAAGAAUUGCCAAGCGGGCAACCGUUGAGCGGCAGCUCCAGCUGCUGUGUACAGUUUACGGGGUGAUUCAACAAGGUGAUGUGCCGAUGAGCUCCAUGCUGCAGGCCAUGAUGGAGAGAGUUCUGCUGCCUCUGGCCUCUCACUGCAGCGCCAAGGCCCUGAAUGACUUCUUCGUCUCAAACGUCUUUGACAUAAUUUCUUUCCUGCUCAGUCGAUUCACCAAGUCAAACGAGACAGCCUUUGAGGUCCAAUUGCUGAAGAAGAAUGGCUGCUACAAGCUGAUGGAGCUUUUGUAUUCACGGCUUCCCAAAGAAGAGGUUUACUCAAAAGAGUCCAGCAUUAAUCAAGCCUACUGUCGCUCUGAGAAAACUGAGGGAAACGAGAUGUCCAAGACUUUGAUCAAGUCGUGUUUUGAAGCCUUCACUGAGAACAUGGCUGGUGAGACUCAGCUCCUUGAACUCCGGAGACGCUAUCACUGCAUUUCGUACAACUGCGCCAUCGCCGUCAUCAGCUGCAGCUUCAGCGAGCCCAAAUUUUACCAUGGCUUCCUCUUCAGUGAGAAACCUGAGAAGAAUCAGUUUAUUCUUGAAAACAUUAUUGAUGUUGAAAGGACCUACAACUUUCCAAUUGAAAUUGAGGUCCCGCUUGAGAGAAAAAAGAAAUAUGUUAUGAUUCGAAAAGAAGUAAAUGAAGAGAAUGGAGAAGCUCCAGUCUAUCUGUCCUCCCAGUCAUAUAUGGCUGACAGCAGCCUGAGUGAGGAGAUGAGCCAGUUUGACUUUUCCACAGGAGUCCAAAGCUUUUCCUUCAGUUCCCAAAACCCAGAAGGAGAAAAGCGGGCUGUUGCAAAAAGAGAGACAGAGGAGAUGAGUCCGUCCCAGGAUGCAGUGGUUGAUCUAGAAAUGGAUGAGCUAAACCAGCAUGAAUGCAUGACGACCAUGACUGCUCUUAUUGGACACAUGCAAAGGAACAACUUAACCCCCAAAACUGAACAGGGAAAUGUGCCCAGUGAGCUUCCUCCAUGGAUGAAAUUCCUACAUGGAAAACUGGCAAAUCCAUCAACACCUCUGAACAUUCGACUCUUCAUCUCUAAGCUGAUCAUCAACACAGAGGAGGUGUUUCGGCCUUAUGCCAAGUACUGGCUUGGGCCACUUCUACAGCUUGUUGUCUCUGGAAACAAUGGAGGAGUGGGGAUCCAUUUUAUGGUGGUGGAUGUUGUGGUUACGGUGCUAUCCUGGACGAGCCUGGCUACACCCAAAGGUAACCCCAGAGAUGAAGUCCUUGCCAACCGGCUGCUGGAGUUCCUGAUGAAGCACUGCUUUCACUCUAAGAGGCCCGUUUUCCGCCACAACCUGGAGAUCAUCCGCACUCUGGUAGAGUGCUGGAAAGACUGUCUGCAUGUGCCUUACAGUAUAAUGUACGAGCGAUUUUGUGGCACUGACGCUAACAGCAAAGACAACUCUGUCGGGCUUCAGCUGCUGGGAAUCAUCUUGGCAAACAACCUCCCUGCCUACGAUGCGUCGUGCGGAAUUGAAUAUGAGAGGUACAUUCAGUCUCUCACCACCAACGUGUCCUAUGUAAGAUAUAAAGAAGUCUACUCGGCUGCUGCUGAAAUUAUCGGCCUCAUCCUGAAGAGCAUGACUGAUAUGGGCGAGCAACAUCAAGAACUUCUCAGUCUUGCUACAAGUAAGAUAACAAAUCUGAAGAAAAAAGACCUGGAUGACAAGUUCAUUAUUUGUUUGAACAAAGUCUCAAAGCAUUUUCCUCCAUUUAUGGAUCGGUUUGUGAAUUAUGUGUUCUUCCUCCUGCCAAAGCUGCACGGCGUCUUAAAGACUAACUGCUUGGAGUGCGUUCUGAGUCGUGCUGAUGUCAUUCCAGACAUCUUCCUGCAGCUGAAGAUCACCGGCUUCAUUCAGAUGAUGAACCAUAGGGAUGAGGCACGGCAGAGAGCAUGCCUCGAUAUCAUCCACAAGAUUAUUCCCCGUCUGACGCCGGUGGAGCUUCAAGAGCUGCUGGGCUCUGUGACGGCUUUCGUCUCUCAUCCUUCUCCAGUCUGCAGAGAGCGGAUGUACGACAUCCUUAUGUGGAUCCAGGACAACUAUGGCGAUGAUGAAAGCAUGGAAGACAACACCUCACUGGAAAUUCUCAAUGCUGCUAAAGAAACACUGCUUCAGGGCUUGUCAGAAGAAAAUCAAGGCCUUCAGCUGUAUGUUUGUAACUUCUGGAGUCAGGAGAAGCGCCUCCCCACUGCGACCCUUGAGCGAAUGUUGAUGGUGCUCCGUUCUCUGUACUCCUGCAAAAUAGAGAGGUGCUUUUUAAGCCUGGCCACCAAUCUGCUUCUGGAAAUGACGAGCCAGAGUCCGGACUUUAAACGAAACAUGUUUGAGUAUCCGCUGUCCGAGUGCACCUUCCAGGACUAUGUGAUCGAUUCCAAUUGGCGCUUCAGAAGCACAGUAAUGACCCCCAUGUUUGUUGAAACCCUAAGCUCUCAAGGCCCAGAGAGUGUGGCAGCAUCUCAGUCUGGAGCGAUGAAGGGAAAGCUCCGAGCCACGCAGACUUCAUUGGAGUUCAGUCAGACACAAACAGAAGGUCGACGUACUGCAUAUAACUGGCUGACAGGCAGCAGCGUGGAUACGCUGGCAGAGUACUCACUCGGCUCCGAGUCGAUGUCGUCGUUGCUGGUGUUUGAUAAGAAAGCAGAGAGGCGAACCACAGCGAGAAGACCAGUAGGAGAAGGCUUUGGGCUGAGGCGUCUCACUGCAUCAACAGAUGAGGUGGACAGCCGCACCAGAGCAGUAAAUGAGCAGCGGGCUAACAUCCUGAGACUGAGACGCAGAUUUCUGAAGGAUCAGGAGAAAGUCAGCUUAGGUUUUGCCCGAAAAGAGAUCCAGCAUCAACGGCAGGAAAAGGAAGAAAAAGCCAAUCUGGCCCUUAGAAAAGAGGCUCAGGUGACUUUGUAUCGUAACUACAGAGUGGGAGACUUUCCAGACAUCCAAAUCCCGUACAGUAACCUCAUCGCUCCACUUCAAGCUCUAGCACAGAGAGACCCGAUUUUAGCCAAACAGCUGUUCAGCUCUCUUUUUGCCGGUAUACUGCAAGAAAUGGCGAAACAACAGAGGCCAGAGGAGAGCGCGAGGAUCAAAGAGGAGCUGCGGUCCAACAUGAGCAACUUCCUGAGCAAGAGUACGCUCUGCUUUCCUCCGUUUAUAGCAUGUGUGCAGGAUAUGUGCUACCAACAUAAAGAGCUCCAACAGCUCAGCCCAGCUUCCAUCAGCUCCACUUGUCUCAUGAGUCUGCAGCAGCCAUCAGGCAUCCUGCUGCUGGAAGAGGGUUUGCUGCAUGCUGACGGCCCCGCUGAACGUCCUGCCAAACGGUCACGAGGACACAAAGAAAUCCCCCCAGACACCAAUAAAUGGAUUAAUCUUGCAAGGCUUUACAAAUCUUUGGAAGAUUAUGAUGUUGUGCGUGGAAUCUUUGGUGGUAAAGUCGGGACCAAAUCCAUCACUUGUACUGCACUCCAAGCUGAAGCCAACACUGACUUUGCAGAGGCUGUGAAGCUUUACAAUGAGGCUCUAAACACCGAGAGCUGGCCUGAUGGCGAGCCCAUAGACAGCGAGAAGGACUUCUGGGAGAUGGCUGCUAUGGAUGCAUAUAGUCAUCUGACUGAGUGGAAGUCUCUUCAGUACUGCUCCACUGUGAACAUAGAUGAAAACUCACCACCCAACUUGGAAAUGAUGUGGUCAGAGCCUCUCUACCAGGAAAUGUACCUGCAGCACAUGAUACGCAGCAUGUUGAAGCAGCUGCAGCUGGGCGAGCGGGACCAAACCCUCCUCAGCUUCAUCGACAAUGCCAUGAAGUUGGAGGAGCGCAAAAAGCUGCUGGAAAGUCAUUACAGCCAGGAACUCAGCUUGCUCUACAUCCUGCAAGAGGACUACGACCGCGCCAAAUACUACACAAACUACGCCAUGCAGCUCUUUAUGGAGAGUUACUCCAGCGUGGAUACACUCCUGACUAAAAGCCGGCUAACCAUUCUGCAGUCAGUGCAGGCCUUGACCGAAAUCCAGGACUUCCUGUUGUUUAUUAAAGGGGAGGUGUCCUUGGACUCCCUCAAGCACCUCAUCAGAUUAUGGACUGAACGGUAUCCUGAUGCUAAAGUGGACCCAGUGAAUGUGUGGGAUGAUAUCAUUACAUCUCGGUGUUUCUUUUUGGAUAAGAUCAGGGAAAAGCUCAGAGGCCAUGCUCCAUCUGACAGCAUGGAGGUGGACGGCUCAGAUGACCCAGCGGGCGACAUUGAGACAUUAGUAAAUGACUGCAAGUUCAACAUGAAGCUACGCAUGGCUGAUGGAGCCCAGAAGCAGAAUAACUUCCCCGUAGCUGUGAAGCUGCUGAAAGAACUUCACAAAGAAGCCAAAAUGGACAGAAGACGGCUGCUGCGGUGGGUCCACAGUUUUAGCCGCUACAGCCAUAAACGGUGUCAGGCUCAGGGUCCUGUGGAGCAAAUCAGCACCAUGCUGAAAACCAUCCCACUCCUGGAGGACCUUCAGGUUGACGCUGACAGUCAGAGUGCUACAGCUAAAGUGUUCAGAUACCAGAAGAUUCUCCAGGGUACAUCUUUUGACAUCUUGGCCACAGCUGUAAGCAGAAGUCCGUCAGUCCUAGGAACUAUCGAUGCUGACAAAGCAGAGAGAGUCGUAAAGCUUUCUGGAGUUUCCUCGUCCAAUGCAGAUCCAAAGAAAGUGGAAGUGGGAUUGCAGUUACAGGCUCUGAAGUUGCUAUGUGAAGCAACCAGAAAGGCCGACGAGGAGCUUCAGUCUUAUUCUCAGGACUUUGUGGAGACUAGCAGCGUCAUAGAGACGUACAUGACCUUGGCUAACUUCUGUGACAAACGGUUAAGAGAGGAGGAGCAGAGCGAUGCUGAAACCCAGUUUCCAGACCUUCUGGUGCUGCCGAUGCAUGUAGUGGAAAACAUGUUGAAAGCACUGAAGAUGAAUUCAGAGGAGGCUCGCCUCAAGUUCCCACGCUUGCUACAGAUCAUUGAGUUGUACCCAUCUGAGACACUGGACCUCAUGACAAAAGAGAUGAUGUCUGUUCCCUGCUGGAUGCUGAUUAGCUGGAUCAGUCAGAUGGUUGCUCUUUUGGACAAGCCAGAAGCUGUGGCAGUACAGCACUGCAUAGAGCAGAUAGCAGAGUGCUACCCUCAGGCACUGGUUUAUGCACUCAUGAUCAGCAGUGAGAGCUACCAGUUUGAGGACUCGGCUACAGGACACCAGCAACAGGAGUUUGUCAACAGGCUCAAGAGCAUGCUGGACAAGGGAGGUGCUGUGAAGAACUUUGUGGAUGCGCUUCAGCAGCUGACAAAUCCUGAGAUGAUUUUUAAGGAUUGGUGGGAUGGCGUACGAAAUGAACUGGAAAAGCCGACUUUUAACAGGAAGCAAAUGGGAGACAUGUAUGAAGAGAUGCGGUCUAUACUCGGAGACUGCAGCGCAGAUAGUCACGGGAUGUUUCGAAAGAAAUUCAUCAAAAAGUUUUUCAAAGAUGUGGAGAAAUUGUUGGGACCUAACGGCAAACAGCUGUUUGAAAAGAGGAAAGAUAAAACCUUUUUGCAGAAAGUGGAUAACCUGGCUGCAGACAUGCGUGGAUUUCAGAAGGAGCCAGGGAACCUGAAGGAAUACUCACCUUGGCUGAGUGGAUUUAAAGCAGACUCAUUCAGAAAUGAGCUGGAGAUCCCAGGACAAUAUGACGGGAGAUCCAAACCACUGCCAGAGUAUCAUGCAAAGAUAACCGGCUUUGAUGAGAGGGUAAAGGUGAUGUCUUCCAUUCGUCGUCCCAAGCGUCUCAUCGUUCGUGGGGAUGACGAGCGGGACCACCCCUUUCUGGUAAAGGGCGGGGAGGACCUCCGACAGGACCAACGAAUCGAACAGCUUUUCGCUGUCAUGAACAUCCUGCUGAGCCACGACACGUCGUGUUUGCACAGAGGCUUGCAGCUCCGCACCUAUCAAGUCAUUCCUAUAAACACAAGAAUUGGUCUGAUUGAAUGGAUGGAAAACACUUGUACUCUAAAGGAGUUUGUGCUCAACACAAUGACUGAGGAGGAGCAGCGAAGGGCAGGGAGUUCCAUGGAUGAGUACAACGCCUGGCUCUCACGCUUUGCACCAGAAAAAGGAAAAGACAAAAAUCGUGUGACCGGUAUUGCACUUUAUGGUCUGGCCUAUAAGAAAGCAAAACGUGCCGAUGCUGUCAACAACUUUAUGAAAGUAUUGCAGUGUGUGCCCAGCGAUUUGCUGAAGAGAGCUUUUCUAAACAUGUGCAACAGUCCGGAGGCCUUUCUAUCCCUGCGAUCCCACUUCAUUAGCUCUCACGCUUUGCUGUGCGUGAGCCACUGGAUUCUUGGGAUUGGAGAUCGCCACCUCUCCAACUUCAUGAUAAAUAUGGAAACAGGGGGCAUGAUUGGCAUUGACUUUGGGCAUGCAUUUGGCUCAGCCACACAGUUCCUCCCUGUGCCUGAGCUCAUGCCUUUCCGGCUGACCCAACAGUUUGUGAAUUUAAUGCAACCCUUGAAGGAGUCCGGUUUGAUCCAGAACAUCAUGGUUCAUUCGUUGCGGGCCUACAGGGCUGAGCCAGACCUUCUGCUUAACACUAUGGACGUGUUUGUCAAGGAACCCUCCCUGGACUGGCAGAACUUUGAGAUGAAACAACUGAGGAAAGGAGGCACAUGGACAGAGACUGUGAACACCAAAGAAAUCAACUGGUAUCCCUUGCAGAAGGUUAACUUUGCCAAGAGAAAACUGGAAGGAGCCAAUCCAGCUGCUAUAACCAGUGAGGAGCUGAAGCUGGGUUUUGAGAAGGAUGCUGCCUUCCCGGGGAUGCAGUCGGUGGCUCUGGGCACUGCAGAGCACAACAUUCGUGCUAAACUUCGAGCCGAAGGCCUGUCAGUGGAGGAUCAGGUGGACUGUCUGCUAGACCAGGCCAUGGAUCCAAAUGUGCUUAGCAGAGUUUGGGUGGGCUGGGAACCGUGGAUCUGAGUCAUUCAAAAUAAAUCACAUGUUUAGAAACUGUAUGCAAAUGAAUUUUAGGGCCUGAAAGAAUCCUUUGAUGUCAAAUAUGUUCUCUAAUGCAGUUGUGGAAAACAUUUAUAUGUGUUUUGUUCUUUUUUGCCAAUUUGCUUGGCAAAAUUGUAUGACGUUUGGAACAAAAGGAAGAAAUAAA